GUCCUUUCGAAUUCACUGUCGCAGCUGCAGCUGUUUGAAUAAACAAUUUCCUUGCAUAAUGACACUGUGCCGGCUGCAGACGCUGCUUCGUUUACCUGUCCACCGACGCCAGCCACUCGCGGUCAAGCUGCUGAAGCGGACAUUGAUCCAACCGUCGUUUAAUUACAAGUAUAUCCGGGACAAUGCAGACGAGCUGCUGGAGAAUGCCAAGCAGCGCAACGUACAUGACGCACAGCCUCACCGAGUAGGCAUUCUGUAUGACGAGUUUCGGGAUAUAACGUCGCAGAUCAACGAGCGCCGCAGCGAACUCAAUGUCCUAUCCAAACAGCUGGCACAGCAAGCCAAGUACAAGGGGCUGCAGGUCAACGCUGAGGAGCACAGGGCGAUGAUGAGCGAUCUGCGGAGUCAGGCUAAAUCGUGCAAAACUCUAGUCCAGGAGCUGGAGCGCAAAGUCAGUGGCGUCGAGGCAGAGUUGAUGCAUGAAGCAGCAAAAAUCCCAAACCUGACACACCCGGACACACCAGUGGGUGGCGAAUCGAAUGCGCGAACAGUCAGAAUCGAAGGUUUGCUACACACGGUUGACCGGAUACCUAACAACCCAAGCGAUCUGUCACAUCUGUCCAGUGUCGAGUUCCGCGAUCACUACGAUUUGGUACGCGACCUUGAUAUUGUCGACAUGCAGGCUGGAGCGCAGGUAGCUGGCAGCAGAUUCCACUACUGGAAGGGGGCUGGGGCGCUGCUUGAGCUAGCACUGGUGCAGUAUGCAAUGACUAGAGCGAGCGCAGCAGGAUUCAUUCCGCAUAUCACUCCUGAUGUCGCACGCAGCAGUAUUGUUGGCGCAUGCGGGUUCCGGCCGCGCUCCAGUGCCGAGGACCAGAUCUACCGGGCCAUCCCGGUUGCUGAGGAAUCGCGCAACGACGAUAAUAAUGACUCCGACCCACUGUGUCUGGUUGCUACGGCAGAGAUUCCGCUGGUGGCAAUGAAGCAGAAACAGAUCCUUGAUGGGGCAACACUUCCAUACGCAGUGGCCGGACUCAGCCAUUGCUUCCGUGCCGAGGCCGGUGCGCGUGGACGCGACACCCGCGGAAUCUACCGGCUGCACCAGUUCACAAAGGUCGAGCUGGUAUCGCUCGCGUUGCCAGAGCAGAGCCAGACCGAACUGGAGCGCUUGGUGGGCUUCCAGACAUCACUGUACCGAGAUCUGGGACUGACGUUCCGCAUCUUGCAGAUGCCUACGCAUGAGCUGGGCGCCAGUGCAUUCCAAAAGUUUGACAUUGAGGCGUGGAUGCCUGGACGCAAGGCGUGGGGGGAAAUCUCGAGCGCAUCAAACUGCACCGAUUACCAAGCGAGACGGCUCGGCAUUCGUGCUCGUGUGGCUGGCGGGGAUGGUGGGCCCCCGGUGUUUGUCCAUACGCUGAACGCGACGGCGAUUGCUGUACCGCGUUUGGCUGUGGCACUGCUCGAGUCGUUCCAGCGUCCGGGAGGCGAAGUGGUUGUGCCGCAGGUGCUCCGGCCGUGGAUGAUGGGCAUGGAUGUGCUCAGGCGGCCGGCUAGCAGCUGA